AUGCGCGCCUCCUGCCUCUUCUACUCCUUCGCGGCGACCGGCCUCGCCCUCCUUGUCCUCGCAAACUACACUCUCUUCGACGACUCGCUGCACUCCCGCCGUCAGCCGCCCACCCGGCCGCGGAUGAAGAGAGAGACUGUGGUCGCAGAGACGGCAGUCCCGUCAGCAGCCUCCCACCGCAAGGCGGUGAGCUGCAGGCCGACGCCCGACGCGGUGCGGCAGCGGCAGCUGCGGCUCCUCUCGGGAGGGACGUGCGUCGCGGGCAGCGCCCUCUGCGCGGCGCUCGCCUCCGCCCUGCAGAGCACGCCUCUCGCCCUCAAGUGGCGGGCCCUGUCUGCGCUCCUCGCCUCGGGCGCGGAGCUGCUCUACGCGGACGCGGACGCGGUGCUGGGCGCGCCUCCCUUCGAGCUCGCCUCUCUCGACUCUGACUUCGAGCUCCUCUCGGACGGGUGGGACGAGGAGACCGCCAUCGACCCGCUCAUGCGCGCGGCGCCGGUGCACGCGCCGACAAAGGAGCUCGUCCUCGCCUCGCGCUGCGAGAAGCAGCCGCCGGGCCUCAAGGGGUACGCGCCCGCGGGCGGCGACACCAAGCCGCUCGACCUCAUCGCGCCGGCGGACGGCCCCUGGCCCGUCAACUGCGCCGAGCUGCCUGAGCUGUGCGAGGUGGUGAAGAAGGUGGCGGUGGGGCGCGCGGUGAUGGCGGCGGUCUCCAACUCGAACAUCCUGCAGAUGCUCGGCCAGUUCGUCGACGUCGUCCAAAAGGUCGGCGUGCCGAACUUCCUCGUCGUCGCGCUCGACGAGCGGACAAAGCAGUUCCUCGACGGGCGAGGCUGCCCCUCGUACCGGCGCAGCCUGCGCGCGCGAGGCGGCGGCACGGACAACCACGCGACCUCGUCGCUCAAAUUCCAAAUUCUCGCCGAGAUGCUGUCGGACCCGUUCCUCGGCCUCUACCGCGACACGGACGUCGAGGGCAUGACGGACGGGUGGGACGACCGCACCGCCUACGGCCACGUCCUGCCGACGGCGAUGCCGGGCUCGAAGGAGCCUCCCCUCGCCUCCCUCCGGCUGGAGAUCUUCCGGCUGGCGUACGGCUCGCACGAGGUUGCGGGCGUCACCGUCCGCACGAUGAACUACAUGUGCUUCCUCAACACAAAGUUCCUCUUCAAGCACAUGCGCUCCGACGCCGCCCUCGCCGACCGCAGCCGCCACGUGCCAGUCUCGUGCCACGUCAACUACCACCCGGAGAAGGAGGCGAGGAUGGUCUCCAUCAAGGCGUUUUACCACGGCGGCGACGACGCGGCGCUCAAGCCUUGGAACGGCGGCGAGGGGCGCAACACGGGCGGCUGCUCGGGCAAGGUCGGCGUCAACACCGACCGCAUGCCGCCGCUCGGCGACAAGGGCUAUAAGGACUUCAAGCUGGGCGACUCGCUCCUCGCCGCAAACGAGGAGUGGUCGUGGAGCGGAGAGGGAGGCGGCGUCCACUUCCGCGCAGGCGGUGCGCUCUCCUCUCCGUGGGGGGAAGGGACGUGGGGUCCUGUGCCGUCGCCGUGGCGCAAGGACUCGGUGUAUGUGGCCCUUGGCGGGCAAACCUACCUGCUGAUGUUCCUCUCCGAGAAGUGGGCGUUCACCGCCGUCCGCUGCUCCGACGAGGAGGUGUCAUUCGGCCAGCUCAAACGGCGAGACACGCCGCAGAGGCGGCUCGUGUGGGCCUUUGGAAGGACGAUCAGGGCGCAGAAAACGCAGGCGCUUCUUUCUUUUGCCCGAUUUGCCUGUCCCAUUUCGCCUCGCACAACGCAUAUCGCCAAUAAGUCCGCCGCUCAAGCGCGGCCGAUCGCCAUGGUGCUCAACCUCCUCCUGGUCCCUCUCCAGUCGCACGCCUUCCCCACCGGCGGACUGUGCCUCGACUCGGAGCGCGUGGUGCACGCCACCGGUCAAGUCGCUCUCGGAGUCUCCUUCGACCAAACCGGCUUCGAGCGUGCCCGCGACGGCACGAUCUCAUUCGCUGGUGCGUCGCCGGUCGCGUACUCGUUCGCGUGCAUGGAUGAGGCUGACGCGGCGUUCCUCUUGGAAGAGGCGGAGAGCAUUAUCCGGCAUCUCGAGCCGCUCGAGACGCCGCGACGCGUGUGCAAUCAAGGCCGCUACGACUGCAAUUGCGUCUACGACGUGACGCGGCCGUGCAACUUCCUGACGUCAGGGACCAUCGUCACUCGCCGCCUCGAGCGUACUUCAGCACGGCGAGUGACGACAAAAAGGUACUCGUACUUCAACAUCAACGAGACGGCACUCGACGUGUUCCGGCGGGCCAUGGCUGACAACGUGAUCCCGUUCCUCCGCGCGCGCUACCCGUGGCUGCGCCUCUCUCCCUUCUCGUUCCCACUCCGAUCGAACCUCUUCCUGUCCGUGUACGACGUGGCUGCUGCUGCUGCCGGCGGGUCGGGGCACGUUCAGGUGGGGACGCCGCCUCACCAAGACGGGGCGGUGCACCCCCACGGGAUCCGACAGACCGUCAUCGUCGAGCUCAGCGAUGCCUCUUCGUACGAGGGCGGCGGCACGCGCUACAUCGACGAUUCGGGCGACGUCGUGAUUCGGCAGGGCCGUGGCACCUGCGCCGUCCACGACGGCUCGGUUUGGCAUGCGGGGCACAGCGUCACCCACGGGCGCCGCGUGGUGCUCGUCGCCCAGUUUCUCGUUGGCCCAAACGUGAUCGAUGCUCGGCCGCACACCGCCGCAACUGAUCAGGAGGGCGCUCAGACCUCGGCGUUCCAGCGUGCAAAGCAGGUGCUGAAGCAGCGCGCUGAGUCGCUGGCGCUCCAGCGCGCAAACCAAGUGCUGGUGCCUGCUAAAGCCGCCCGCCUGCCGCAAUGCCGUUCGAUGGCCAAGACCGCGGACGGCGGAGAGGAGGGGACGGUCAUGGACGCAGUCGCAUCCACGCUCAUGUACUGCUACCGCCAGAUCUCCAGGGCCUAUCUUGGUCCUCGAGUCCAGGUCCUCGUGGCGUAG